AUGGAUUUUAUGUGUGUGGUUUUUAUUUUAUAUGCUUGCGUCAUAAAGAUCAAUGCAAAAGAAGAAAAGCAAGUCUUAAAGGAAUUUAUAUUAUCUACCAAGAAUUGGUCACAGAACAUUUCAAAAGCCGUCGAUGGGUCGACCAUCUUGAUAACUUCAUAUCGGUUUCCAGUCAUUCAAAAAAAUUAUCCCAAAGGUAAACUUAUUCAGUCUGGUCUGGUUCCCGUAGACUGUAGUGAUGUUCGUAAGGCUUUGCCGAGUGCACCUAGUGGAGUUUAUAAAAUAUACCCGGCAGGAGGUCAUGGUCACACAGCGUACUGUGACAUGACCAUGGAUGGUGGAGGAUGGACGGUUUUCCAAAGAAGAAUGGAUGGGUCUGUGAAUUUUUUUCGGACGUGGAAGGAAUAUAAAGACGGAUUCGGAAAUUUGAAUGGGGAACACUGGCUUGGCAAUCAAGUUUUGUAUGAAAUAACAAAUCUCGGGUGGUACGAAUUAAGGAUCGAUCUUGAAGAUUUUGAUGGUAAAAAGAGGUUUGCAAAAUACAGUCACUUCAAAAUUAGUACGGAGUCGCAGGGAUACAAACUAACAAUCUCAGGAUACACUGGAAAUGCCGGAGAUUCGAUGGCCUUUGCACAAGGUAUCAAGUUUACAACCUAUGAUCGGGAUCAAGAUUCGAGUAGAGACAACUGCGCAGUGAGAGUCAAAGGCGCAUGGUGGUUUACUGGCUGUCAUUAUAGUCACCUUAAUGGGUUUUAUUAUAGGAAUCCUACUAUCGCCACAAAAACACAUGGUAUCGUGUGGUAUCAUUGGAAAGGGUAUAGUUAUUCCCUGAAAAGAACAACCAUGAUGUUGAGGAAGCACACUAGCAAGAAAUCAAAAUAA